CCGAAGCGGUCGUUGGUCGUCCGGAGACUGAUCAAGCGGAAACAGAAGUUUUAAAAAAUUCACUAAGAAUAUUUGGAAAUUUUCCUGAAAAUAAUUAAAAUUGAAAAGCGUGCCAAAAAAUAAACGAAAUAAAUAUAUAUACAUCAAAUAUUUGGGGCGACGCGAAUUGUGCCAAGUUUGUUUACGUCUCGGUUCGGGACAAGUGUUUAAAAUAGAAAAACCGACAUGAAAUAUUGAAGAACUAUUACUUUGAGCAGUGCGAGUAUUGAACUGUUGGCUGUUUAUUUUUGCAUCAUUUGCAGGCAUCUGUGGAAAAGUUGUUUGGCUGUGCUGCGAACUUCAUGGCAACAACUGGCGCCAGUCAAAGAACACAGCAAGAGGAAUAACAACAGCAACAACAAUUGUGGUCACAGCUAAAACAAAAUGUGCAAAAUAAAACACGCAACUGCGGCAGCAACACAACAACUAACAACAACAACAAAAGUAGCAGCCACUCUACGGAAAACGUAGAUGCCAUAAACUGAAUAUCCCUUAGCAAAAAAGCGCACAACAAAAAAACUUGAGCGCAACAACCGAGCAAAGGAAACGGAAGUGGCCACGACGACCACACGCACACGAAAUAAGCGAAAGACACAAAGAGAGAGAGAGAGAGAGAGAUAAAGAAAGAGGAAAGGAGAUAGUCUGUCAGUCUGCUGCCAGCGAGGCAGUGUCACAUCUUGCAUCUUUAAAGCAAACUCCCAAACAUGUACGCAGCGCUAAUGGACAUAAGCCAGACGCUUGCGGCGAGUCUGGCAUAUGCGCCGCUGGAGUCCAACGGUGCAGCUGAUUCUGCUGCUGCUGCUGCGGCGGCGGUGGCGGCUGCGAACACAGCGGGCUCAAAUGUAAGCCAACUCAGCAAUUUCAGUCAGCUUGAUGUGUCGGGCCGAGGGGCACACAACGCCAGCGCCGAGGAGGUAUCGCAGUACGUGGAUGUCUGGGAUCGCCCGGAGACCUAUAUUGUAACCGUCCUCUUUACGCUCAUCUUCAUUGUGGGCGUGCUGGGGAACGGCACUCUGGUCAUCAUAUUCUUUCGCCACCGCUCGAUGCGCAACAUACCGAACACGUAUAUACUAUCGCUGGCUCUGGCCGAUUUGCUGGUGAUUGUGGUUUGUGUGCCAGUGGCAACAAUCGUCUAUACGCUGGAGAGUUGGCCCUUUGAGCUUAAUAUGUGCCGCGUAGUUGAAUUCUUCAAGGACAUUUCCAUAGGCGUUUCCGUCUUUACAUUAACAGCACUUUCCGGCGAGCGAUAUUGUGCCAUUGUCAAUCCUCUGCGAAAAUUGCAGACAAAGCCGCUGACUGUUUUCACGGCCGUGAUGAUCUGGGUCUUGGCUAUAAUACUCGGAAUGCCAUCGUUUGUUGUCUCGAACCUCAAGACGUAUCCAUUGGCAUCGCCGACGGGCAACAUAACCAUUCUAGUGUGCUCUCCAUACAGCACCUCGAUUUAUGCAAAAUACAUGGUUGUUGCCAAGGCGUCCAUCUACUAUUUGUUGCCACUGUCCAUCAUUGGAGUGCUGUAUAUCAUGAUGGCAAAUCGGCUUCACAUUAGCGCCCGCGACAUGCCCGGAGAGCAAUUGAGCAUCCAAAGUCGUAGCCAGGCGCGAGCUCGUCGUCAUGUGGCUCGAAUGGUGGUCGCCUUUGUUGUGGUGUUCUUCAUUUGCUUCUUUCCAUAUCAUGUCUUUGAGCUGUGGUACCAUUUGUAUCCGACCGCAGAGGAGGAUUUCGAUGCCUUUUGGCACAUGGUUCGCAUCGUGGGAUUCUGCACAAGCUUCCUCAAUUCCUGCGUUAAUCCAGUGGCACUGUAUUGUGUGUCUGGUGUGUUUCGGCAACAUUUCAACCGAUAUCUCUGCUGCUUCUGCAUCAAGCGUCAGCCCCACCUUAGGCAGCAUUCAACCGCAACUGGCGUCAUGGACACCAGCGUCACCUCGAUGCGACGCUCGACUUAUGUGGGAGGCAGUGGCGGAGGCGGAGGAGGAGGGGGUGGCAACUUGGCUGCCCAUCGCGCCUCGUUGCACAUGAAUAACAAUCAUGGCGUUGGGGCUGGAGGGCGUGGCGGCAGUUUCCAUCGCCAGGACUCGAUGGCGCUGCAGCACGGAGGCAGUGUGAAUGGGGCUGGAAAUGGAAACGGCGCCGGCAACAUCGGACGCGGCUCCAUCAUCAAUGAGAAAAGUUUUAUCAAAUGCUACGAUGAGCGUACUCGCUACUAAAUUGGAAAUAAUAUUUCAUUUCAGCAUCGAAUUAAAUAAAGUAGUUGUUAAACUCUCUUUAAAAUAAAUAAUACAAGUAAAUAUUUACAAUUUAAGAUUGUGAAAUCCUCUCAUACAAACUUAAGCAAAAACAAUAAAUAUUUGAAUGUUAAUGUGUCAA